AUGGUAGGAUUCGGACUGCGCUUGAAGACGCACUUCACUUGGCUUCCCAAAGUUGUGGAGCUGGUGUUUCGGGUGCACCGCUGGCGCAAUGUCAAUCAUCACGAAGCGCAUGCGCUGAUGGGGUACUUCAGCUCUCCAUUCCGCAGUGCCCUCGUGCUGUCCUACGACGGUGGGGGCAACGAUGGAGUCUUCAACGUCUUUCUGGCGAGAGGCCAGGACUUGUGGCGGAUUGCUCGCAAGCCCCUGAACCUGGGAACUGGGUAUCACCGGCUGGCCAGUUAUUUACCGCAGGUGACGGGUGCAAGUGAGGUGGGGCUGGUGGCUUGCGCGGCCUUGGAGAAGGAGGGUGAUUGGAUCGACCUGAAAUACAGCUUCGGGGACACGCUGGCCCUGGGCUUUGCGGGCAAAUUGAUGGGCUUCUCCGGCCUGUCGGCCCCCAGCAAGGAGGUGAGUCCUUGGAUCCGGCGUUUCUACGAGCGCCUGGAGCAUCGACAAAACGAGGUUCCCCGUGCCAUGCUGGAGAAGAUCUGCGAAGGGGAGACUGGUGCGCGAGAGGUCGCCGCCUCCAUCCAGGAAGAGUUUGCUCACAUCGUCCGCGAGGUGCUGGUGGACUACCUCGCAGAGCUGGAGCGCAAGAGGGUCAGUGUGGAGGGCAUUGUGUUGACUGGCGGCUGUGCUUUGAAUGUGGUGGUGAACCAGCAGGUGCGUGACACCCUGACUGAAGCGACAUCAGAACGGCCAAAUCCACUGAAGCCCCAGGACGUGUAUGUGCCGCCAGCUCCUAACGACUCGGGGCUCACGGUCGGAGGGGUCUGGGCAGUGUCGCCACCAGCGGGGCCGAGACAGAAGCUGCAGUACCUUGGCUUCCCCCUUUUCGACAAAGAAGUCUUGCAGAGCGCAGCAGAAGAGCGCAAAGCCCAGCGCCUCUCUGCACUGGGCGGCGUGGACUUCUUGGCGCAGCUCCUUACCGGAAAGGAGAGCUCGGGCCGGAGGCCCCGGAGGCCCAUCGUGGCCAUCGUGCGGGGGCGGCAAGAGUUCGGGCCGCGGGCCUUGGGACACCGGUCUCUCCUGGCGGUGCCCGACUCGCCGGAUCUGCGUGAUCGGAUGAACCGACUCAAGUUCCGGCAGUGGUACAGGCCGGUAGCGCCGAUGAUUGCAGAAGAGGGCCUCGAGGAGGUUUUCGGGCACAAGUACGUGUCUCCCUCCAUGGAGUUCGCCCCGUUUGUGAGGGAGGAAGUGCGGGAGCGCUUCCCUGCGCUUGCGCACUUCGACGGCACAGCCCGGCAUCAGUCGGUGAGCAAAGCAGAUGAACCCUGGGUUCAUGCCCUCCUGCUAGCCGUCGGCAACCGGACUGGACUGCCUGCACUGAUCAACACGAGCUUCAACUCCCGUGGCAAACCAAUCGUCAACACGGUGGCGGAGUCCUUGAAGAUGCUGGACGAGCUGGCCGACCUGGACUACUUGCUAAUCGAGGACUGGCUGUUCCGCGCCCCGGCAGGGAAGCCCGCCAUCAGCAGCGAGAUACCGAGAGCAGCGGUGGAAUGGUUCUCUCCUCGCUGA